AUACCAAUUCUAUUAAACAAUAAUAUAGUUACUAAUUACGGUGGUUACCUACGCCGUUAGCAGUACUGUUCGUGUGUUGGUAGCAAGCAGUAGAGAGAGCGAUACCGACUGAUUAAGUGAUAACAUAAACAUUAAUAACAACAAGUAUUACGAUAGCAUAACAAUAAACAACAAUAACAACAAUAACAACGACUACGACGAAGAUCAUAGGCCACUGACCAGUGGUAUACUAGUGUCCAAACGGUUCAUCGGUGUUCUGCGUCUGCAGGAGUCGUCCAUCGCGAGAUGAAGAACGUAUUUUUUAUCACCGUCGUCGGAUCACUGUUGGCGUUUGCAUACGUAAGUUACGCGUGUAACGAAGCUGUGUGCGCGUCGAUCGUCUCCAAGUGCAUGAUUACACAGUCGUGCAAGUGCGACUUGGUAAAUUGUUCAUGCUGCAAAGAAUGUUUCAGUUGCCUCAAUAAUCUGUACAGUGAAUGCUGCUCCUGCGUGGACAUGUGUCCGAAACCAAAUGUUACUACUAAUGAAUUAAGCAGAAAAAGCCACGUUGAAGAUCUGUCAGACUCAGUUGUGACUUUAUUUACUGCUCUUGUUUCUGAACCAGAUCUACAACAACGAUGGGAAUCACUAACAUAUCCUAUCGAUUUGGAUAUUGAAAUGUUCAAACCGGAUUUUCAAAAAGAAUUCAAGAUGUUACAAAAAAACUCUGCUCAAGAUGUAUCUUCUAUGAAGAUUACUCUGAAUUGUUCUGUGGUAUUCAUGAGUCAAUGUUUGUCUUGGAACAAAUGUAAGGCAUCAUGUAUAUCAAUGGGUGCCAAAAGCUACCGAUGGUUCCAUGAUGGAUGUUGCGAAUGUGUUGGUGAACUCUGUUUGAAUUAUGGAUUAAACCAAAGCCGGUGUAAACACUGUCCACUAAAAGGAGCUGUUGUACCAACAAUCAGUGAAGCUGAUUAUGGUGAUGAUGAAGAUGACGACGAAGAAAUGAUACAAUAAGUAAUGAAUUUUCAUUACUAAAGUAUUACAUUUAAAUUUGUAUAUAUCAUAAUUUUGUUGAUUAUUUUAUUUCAUUUUUUUUUUGUUGACAGAACUAUCAUAUCAAUAAAUUCCUACUCUGUACUUUUAUAAAUAUUAUAACUUAACUCCUUAGAUGAGAAAAAUUUUUCUUUCACUAAUGAAUGCUUUUAUUGGUAGUGUUAUAUUUUUGUGGAUCUGACUGUCAAAUGAUUGAUCAAUUAUAUUAUUUUGAUUUUAGUGUAGACUAAUAAAUUUAUUUUUAGUUAAUUGUAUAAUUCAUAAUAUUGAACAAUUCCAUUAUAUCCAUUACUGUGUACACUAAAUUAUUAAUAAUAAUCAAAAACUUAAUAA